AAUAAUUAAAUAAAUAUUUCUCUGUUCUCCCUCACCGACCCUAGUCUCUUUCUCAUUCGUGCUUGUUUUGGCAGCGGUGGAGAAGACGAAGCCAAGUCGGUGGUGUCUCGGAGGAUGAACGGCGGGCCUUCUGGUUUCCACAAUGCUCCGGUCACGAGAACCUUUGUUGUCGCCAGCGCGCUCCUCACGGUCCUCUUGAGCCAUUCUCUUCGUCUCGGAUUAUCCUAUGAGGACAUUUUUGAAAAGUUUCGAUUUUGGAGGUUAAUUGUUUCAUCUCUUGCCUUCUCAUCUACGCCGGAGUUGAUGUUUGGGCUGUAUCUGCUCUAUUAUUUCAGGGUGUUUGAGAGACAGAUUGGUUCUAACAAGCAUUCGGUGUUCAUUGUAUUCUCUAUGAUGGUGUCAUUAUUACUAGAGAUGCUUACUUUGACAUAUCUUCCAGAUCCGUCUUUAAAGAUACUUGUAUCUGGACCAUACGGACUUAUAUUUGCCUCUUUUGUGCCUUUCUACUUUGAUAUUCCUGUUUCAUCUCGGUUUACUAUAUUCAGCUUACAGUUAAGUGACAAGUCAUUCAUAUAUUUGGCUGGUCUUCAGCUUCUUUUUUCAUCCUGGAAACGGUCUCUUAUACCUGGCAUAUGCGGUGUAUUGGCUGGUUCCUUAUACCGUCUAAAUGCUUUUGGCAUACGUAGAGUAAAGUUUCCAGAUGCUUUUACGGAUUCUCUGUCAAGGCUAUCAUGGCCUUCUGGUAAUUCAAGGCAGACUUCAUCAAGUGCCAAUGUUAUAGGAAGCAUACCAUCUUAUCCUGGUCAUCAAGUGGAGGGAGACGACUUUUUUCCUACUGGAGUUGCAGUUCAGGAGCCUUUAGAGUCUGCUGUUGCCACACUGGUCUCUAUGGGGUUCGACAGCACUUCUGCCAGGCAUGCCCUUGUUCAGGCUAGGAGUGACGUCAAUGUCGCGACUAAUAUUCUACUUGAAGCACAAACCCAUUAGUAUGAGCACCAAAACUUGUCAGCAAGCCGAGCAAUUUGAUGUAAUGUAUAUAUUUCCAUAGUAGCGAGUUUGAAAAAGAAAAGAUAAAUUGUUUCGAAGUGGUCUGUUAUAAUGAUUUCGGAAUUAGCAAUUGAAACAAUGGCUGCACAGCAUACAAAAUCUUUUCCACCAGUUGAUUUCGUAGUUCUAAAAUUGCUGGCAAUUGUCUGAUACUGUUUUUGAUAGCUGGAGUUUUUCUCAUUCUGUAAGUAUGACAUGCUUUGAAGAGAAACAGGAAUUCUCCAUGCUUUGCAAAA